AUGAAGACGGCGGAGAGAGCACAUAUGCCCAACAGAUUAUGGGAGCGUAUCAAGCUGAGCAGAAAUUAUAACAAGGCCCUGGAGCAAGUGGAUCAACAUCUUUUGUACUGGAACAAGUUUUUAAUUCACAAGUGCAAGCAGAGGUUGACCAGAUUGACACAAGUGGCCAUUACAGAGAGAAGGCUGGCCCUACGCGAAGACGAGAGGCAUUACGUGGGAGUGGCGCCGAAAGUGAAGAGAAGAGAGGAAACUAGAGAAAGAAAGGCCCUUGCAGCAGCACGUAUCGAAAAAGCAAUCGAAAAGGAGUUGCUUGAGAGACUCAAGUCGGGAGCGUAUGGUGACAAACCAUUGAACGUUGAUGAGAAGAUCUGGAAGAAAGUUCUGGGCAAGGUGGGCGAGGAAGACGAAUCCGAGGAUGAAGAAGAAGAGGAUUGGGAUGAGGAGGAGGAAGAGGAGUCUGACGAGGGUGAGGUGGAGUACGUGGAGGAUGAUGGUGAUGACGAUUUGGUUGACAUGGAGGAUCUUGAGAGAUGGUUGGAUGAUAGCGAAGGCAAUUCAAGUGAAGAAGAGUCUGAUUCUGAAUCCGAUGAUAGCUCUGAUGACAAUUCAAAGGGUCGCAAAAGAUCGAAGAGCUCUAAGGAGGUUAAGAGAAGAAGACCAAGGAUCGAGGUUGAGAUCGAAGAGGAGCCAAAUGUGGUUACUAGGUAA